UAUAUUUUUUUCUAAACGUAUUUGCAAUGCAUUUAAAAGUGAAUUUCGAGAAAGUGAUUGGCAGGCAAAAUAUUUACGACAGUGAUAGUAAAAUUUAAAUUAUAUCGAGACAACAAAUGGAAGAUGGACUAUGACAGUUUGCUGUACAAAAGAGAGGUGGACCCUCACAACCGUUGCUGUGGCGGUUGGCUAUGGUGCAUCAGAGACAUAUGCGGAGUUGUCUGUGCCAUCCUGACCUGGCUGCUGAUCCUUUAUGCAGAGUUUGUGGUGAUGAGCGUAAUGCUGAUACCCAGUCCAUACCCGAUCUACAGUUAUAUCAACAUGCUUAUCUUCCAAACACUGGCCGUUCUUGCGUUUGCUUCUCACUUACGCACCAUGUUCACUGAUCCGGGGUCAGUUCCCAAAGGCAACGCCACUAAAGAGAUGAUUCAACAGAUGGGUUGCAGAGAAGGUCACGUUUUCUUCAAGUGUCCCAAGUGUUGCAGCAUCAAACCUGAAAGAGCCCACCACUGCUCUGUAUGCCAAAGAUGUAUUCGUAAGAUGGAUCACCACUGUCCUUGGGUUAACAACUGUGUUGGUGAAGAUAAUCAGAAGUAUUUUGUUCUUUUUACCUUCUACAUAGCAUCGAUAUCCAUCCAUUCCCUGUUUCUGGUCGCCAACCAGUUCUACACAUGCGUGAGACUAGAGUGGAAGGAUUGUUCUUCUUACUCUCCCCCGACGACGGUGGUGCUGCUUGUGUUCCUGGUGUUUGAAGCGCUUCUGUUCGCCAUCUUCACUCUGGCAAUGCUCGUUACCCAGUUGCAUGCUAUCUGGAAUGAUGAGACGGGUAUAGAGCAACUCAAGAAGGAGGAGGCACGUUGGGUCCGCAAGUCUCGCUGGAAGAGUAUUCAAGCUGUGUUCGGAAGGUUUUCUCUCGCUUGGUUCUCUCCUUUCACACGACCUCCGCCCAAAGUCAAGCUGGAGAGCUACUUGUAUUCUGUCUAAGUGUUAUCGGCUGUUUUGUAUUUUCGUUGUACAUUAUUUUAUUAGCGAUUUUCUAAAAUAUAUCUCUCAGUUCUUACAGAAGAAUCUUGAUUAACCGAGGUAAUCUAAAGUGAGGUUAUCUCGGAUAACCAAAACCUCUGUUUGAAACGGAUAUUUACAAAGACAUUAGGGAGUAUUGAUUUAAACACCAAAAAAUAAUUUAACUGCUGUUAAAUUAACGGUUAAGGAUGUAAUAUGCACAAUGGCAACUUUUUAAGCGGUUUCCGUUAGGGUAGCAGGCUGGUCUGAAUAAGAAAGAGUCUUGCACGAAUAAAAAAAAUCCAAUAUACAUAACAUGUACAUUUCACUGUCAAUGACAGCAUUUUCAAUUUAAGAAAGGUAUAGGCUGGAGUUAAAUUCGUCUUUAGGCCUGAUAGGUAAUAACUGUACUAUUAUCACGUUAAGUGCACAGGGCGAGAGUUCUCACCUGCGGGACUGUCACGGGGCAGGAAAUGUCGUCAUCCUACCAUGCUUCAGUGUGAGCUCAGACUCGCAUGGGGAACGUUGUGUCCGAUUGCUGCUUAUUGUGCCAGUUUUGUACUUCAAUCCAGUAUAACUCGUUUUCACUCAGAUCUGACUAUUUUAUGCGUGGAGGGGGCUGUUCCAAAUUUAGUGUAGUGUAGCCAGUGUGGGGUUUUUGCUUGUAUUUAGUGAAAUGGAAUAGAUAGAAUAAUGAUAAUAAUUACUGUAGGGAAGCAUUUUGAAUGGAACCUAGCCUUAAAAUUGUCCUUGAAAAUUGACACCUUUUUUGCGAUUUAUUUUAAUGGUAUCAGGGUUUUUUGGCCUUGCAUUUUCCCUCCUUUUGGCAAUACUGAGCAGGUUUGCAGUUUUGUUUAGUGCUGCUAUCUGUUGGGUUCUUGUAAAACUAUGUCCAAAACGACUGGAACACAGUAUAUGUCUCUUAUUUGAAUGAAACUAAAUUUCAAUGUUUUCGCACACUCAACUACGCAGCGCAUUAGCUUUUACCGCCACCGGUCGCAGCCGGGCAUUGUGUAACCGCACUAAACGUGUAAAUGGAUCGGUUCGAAACAAACAAAAGAACUUACUAUUUACAAUUGAUAACAUUGCUUAACCCCUAAAAUUUCAAAAAGUGGAAAAAGUGCUUUGUUUUUUUCUCCAAACUGCGCAGACGUAACAUAAGUACGUCAGCUGACUUUUUGUUUUCUUGGUAUUCUGCAUAUACCAGUGGCUUCUGACUAGCGCUUUAUCCAUUAAUGUAACUCACUAUUUUGUGUAGGUCAAUUUUCAAUUGCUUAAUUGGAAAUUUCAGACUGUUGGUUAUCAUUCAACCAAUCGCCCACAUUGUUUCACUCCAAUGAACUCAGAAAACCUUAACGUCAUAGGUUAGUAAGUCACUAGACUUACUCGACUCAUAACGACAGUAUUAAAUUGGGGCAGCCACAGGUUGAAUCUGACUCAACAUGCAACUCAAGUAGCGAGUUAGCAGUCCGAUCACCGAAUCCAACAGUAAUGCUUCCAUAUUUACAUGAAGCUAAUAUAAUUUACACAUCCAGUGAAUACUCAUACUCAGUGAACUGAACACGGAACUUCGAUUAGUAGAACCUCAGUUAAUCAGGAUUCUUUUGUACCAUUUGUGUUAAAAAUUACGUUUAUUGUGUUGUGAACUAUGUUUAUACAUUUUACGUGUCAAAAUGUGUUUGCGUGAUUGAACACUGAAAAAUUAUUUCACACCCAGUUGAAAUAUUUUAUAUUUUAUAUAUAUUUUUAAAAUGACAUUAGAUAGAAAAUGUAGGUUUUAAUAGAUAUACAACUAUUGUGGAAUGUACGCCUUUUAUUGUAUUAAUUUUAGCGUAGCUUUUACAUUAUGGAAUUAUUUCUGUAUGAGUUCCUGUAGCUGUAAAACAUGACUUAAGAAAUACUUUUAUAUUGAGAAGCUAAGCGGUUUUGAUAAAAGUGUGUUUACUAUCGAAUAUCAACGUGAUUUAGGAUUAAGUUAUUAUUUUUAUAAUUAAUUAAUGUAUUUGCAAAUAAGUAUUUUUUAAGUAUUAAAAUACUUUUAAAAAUCAUUUAGGUUUUAUAUUUUAGUGAUUAUUAGGGCAACGUGCCUGUUUGGUAAAUUUAAUUUGAUUUAUUGUCUAAUGAAUUUAACACAUUUAUUUUUCCAAAAUGUAAUCAUCACAGAUUAUUAUUAAUGAAUGUGGAAAUGGCAAAAUUAUAAUGAAAUUAUUAAAAAUACUGAUCAAUUUUAUAAUAAUUAAAAACUAUAGAUUGUAUUCUAUUUUUACAUUAGUUUACGGGUUUAAAUGAAUUGUUGCUUUUUAAAAAUCUGAACAUGGCAUAUAUUUGUCCCUCAAAAAAGCUACAAAGCUACAGGGUAAGAAAGGGCCAUGUGGCCCUAACUUUGACUGUGUAAACAAAUGAUUUUUUAUUUCAUUUUCAUUUCAUUACAUUUCAAAGCUCAAUUAGGACAAUGAUUAAAAGGCACAUGAAUUUUUAAAUGUGAUUUAUCUAAAAAUUUACCAUUUAUUAAUGAACAAAAAUUACCAUAAAUUCUUGCUGUAUUAGAAAAAUAGAAUUUAUAACUGAACUGAUUAAAAUUAUUUAACUAUUUUUGUUUUCAAAAUAUAUUAUUUGUUAAAUAUUGUUUUAAGAGACAUAGUAUUAUGACUAGCUGCAAUCAAAGUAAAACAACCGUGAGACAAUAUAGUAUUUUUUAGUGUUAUCUGAAGUUUUAUAUAUUUAUUGUUUGUUUUUCAUGUUAAGGUUUUUGUGAUUCAUCUUUAAAUAAACCGGAUCAUAGCUUAA